GCGGUUUUAGCUUCUCUUCCGUACUCGAAGCUAAUGUUUAACACCUAACGGUCGCCCUCACCUCUUCCCUGAAGCUUGCGAAAGUUGUCUGUAUGUAACGUUACGCCUAGUGGAGGCCAGAGGUACUGCACACGGUCCCAGUUUCCAGUUGGGGGCGAAAUGCAUUUCAUUAAAUAAGAGUGCAAACUGGCUGAAGGAUGAAUCCAGUCGACUGGGACGACGGUCCGACGCGAUCCUUCCCGAGAAACCAGAAUCCAGAUCGGCAGAACGUUGUCGAGGAUGCUUGGAGCACCGAUGUGGGGCGGACCGCUUUCUGCGAUGCUGCGGGACGCGCUGUCGACGCAGCUCAAAGCGGCGCGGGAGUGGAGUGGAAGGAACUCGGUUGUCCCUCGGGUAACCUCCCCAUGAACGACUCGGGAGUCGAGGAACCGGAUGGGGAACCGCUUGAGAUGGACGAGGAGGAUCCAGAGCUGGCGAGAAAGCGAAAAGAGCUCCGAGCGAUAGAGGAGAGAAUACUAUUUAAGAAAGCUGCCAUCGCCUUGAAAUCGGUUGAACCGUUGAUGAUGAAGAGCUGUAAUAAUUCUACGACGAGCUUUGCUCUUCAAAACAGGGUGAAUUUAAUUUUGCAGCAAAAACAUCCCGGCAGAUUUUUGUCCACGGUUCGUCCACCCAAAGAGAGAAUGAACUCUGUGCGGGACGACCAUCCCCUGAAGCUCAGGGUGAAGGCCGUCAUGCGGCGGAGGUGUGGUGAUCCCAUCGUGUUGCCAGAAAGCAGAACGGUUGCCGAGCUCACGCCAGACAACGGCGUCAACAAGGGCUUCCAGCGCUUCCUCAGCAUCCUCAACAAAGGAGUGGACAUGGACUUCCUCAGCCGCAUCGUCAACGACGACGGCGCGGACCUCCCCGCGGGCGAGGCGCGUCGGGAGGGAUCCGACACGAGUCGAUCCCAGUCUCCCUCUGCGUCGCGGACGAAAAGGAAGAAGAAGAAGGAGGAAGAAGAGGAAGAAGGACACAAAUCCCAGGGGGACGAGCAGCGCGCACAGCUGCAGAACAUCCUCAAAGCCCUGGGCAUGAGCCUGGAGGCGGAGGAGAUGAGCCGCUUAGCCGACCGCACUCGAGAGCGGCUGUACGGGAAGAAGCAGGGCGGCGCCCGGCCGGAGCCGGAGGGUCGGCAGCACCUGAAGUCCUCUUCCUCCUCCUCCUCUUCCUCCUCCUCUAGAAGCCGCAGCCCGAGCCACUCGAGAGGUGGACCGGCGUGCCACGGCGGUACCGAGGAGCCGGCGUACGCACAACCCCCCGACGUCAUCGCCACCUACGGACAUCCGUACCCGCCGCACUACGCCUACCCCCCGCCGCCGCUGGCCCCGCCCCCUCAGUACUUCCACAGCGCCGCCUACAACGCCGCUGCACCUUCCUACUGGCCGCCUCCUCAGGCCGCCGCUCCUCCUCCUCCUCCUCCUCCUCCCUUCUUUUAUACCGGCGGGCUUCCGUAUUCACAAACCUCCUACCAGCACGGGUUUGAGUAUCCGAAUCUGUUUCAGAGCGGAGGCCAGAAGAGACUCGUCACCCAGCCUCGCGUUCGCUGCCUGCAGGUCGUCAGCACGAAGCAGGAGGAGCAGGCGAAUGGCGAGGAGCAGGCGAGCGGCGCUGGCGAGGAGCAGGCGAGCGGCGCUGGCGAGGAGCCGGCGAACGGCGCCGGCGAGGAGCCGGCGAGCGGCGCCUGGUUCUCGCCGGCGAACGGCGGCGGUGAGAAGCAGGCGAGCGGCACCUGGUUCUCGCCGGCGAAGCGUGUGAAAAACCGCAAGUGGCAGUCAGAGGCUCGCUAUAACAGGUGUCGUAAUCGUUGGAUACAAUUAAGUGAGAGACGAAAGAUAUUGAAAGCGAGGCGGACGGCCUAUUUGGCGGGGUACGGCCUCGAUGGAGACGGCCUCGAUGGCGGCGGCCUCGAUGGCGGCGGCCUCGAUGGCGGCGGCCUCGAUGGAGACGGCCUCGAUGGAGACGGCCUCGAUGGAGGCGGCCUCGAUGGAGACGGCCUCGAUGGAGGCGGCCUCGAUGGAGACGGCCUCGAUGGCGGCGGCCUCGAUGGAGACGGCCUCGAUGGCGGCGGCCUCGAUGGCGGCGGCCUCGAUGGAGACGGCCUCGAUGGCGGCGGCCUCGAUGGAGACGGCCUCGAUGGAGACGGCCUCGAUGGCGGCGGCCUCGAUGGCGGCGGCCUCGAUGGAGGCGGCCUCGAUGGAGACGACCCCAAAGCGGAAAAGCGGCCGCCGAUGGAGGAGGAGAUCAAAGCGAACUGGAGGGAAACGCUUGAAGCAGUUAACCAGAAGGUCGACCAGGAGGUCGUCCAGGAGGUCGUCCAGGAGGUCGUCCAGAAGGUCGUCCAGGAGGUCGUCCAGGAAGUCGUCCAGGAGGUCGUCCAGAAGGUCGUCCAGGAGGUCGACCAGGAGGUCGUCCAGGAGGUCGUCCAGAAGGUCGUCCAGGAGGUCGACCAGAAGGUCGUCCAGGAGGUCGUCCAGGAAGUCGUCCAGGAGGUCGUCCAGAAGGUCGUCCAGGAGGUCGACCAGAAGGUCGUCCAGGAGGUCGUCCAGAAGGUCGUCCAGCCGGCCAGCUCCCUUCCCUCGGCCACCGGCUGAAUCGUGGAUCGUGUAGCUGAUGGUUCCGGACCGUUUCGUCAUUUUUCCAGAUUUGAACCGAAUAAUCCUCGAACGUCAACAAGUUGACGACUUCUUCCUCAAAAUGAAGCGUUUGUGCCAGUAGCUGCUGAUUUGGGUUGAGAGCGGUUUUGUUUUUGUGAAUAUUACAACUUUGUAACUUUUAUAAAACACACACUGUUUUUUCUUCUUCGUGCUGUAUACAUUUGAUUAAAAAAAAGGUAUGUUUUGCAGAA